AUGGAAGAAGAAACUACAUAUAAUCAUAUGACAGAAGAAGAAUCUGACGAAGAAAUAUUACAAAAUGGUAUAGAAGAAGUAAUAACAGUGGACCAAGAGUUCGCUGAAAAGCAAAAGGUGUUUCAAGAAACGAUCAAUACCUUACAACAAAAGUUGGAACUACAAUCUACCACUACCGAUAAUAUAGGCGACCCUCUCGAAGAAUACUUUAAAAUUAUUAAAGCUUUAUCGUCUUGGAUGACGAAUACCGUUACUUCAACUCUUUCCUCCUCCCCUUUUUUACCGUUAACCAUUACUCUUGUAACAGAUCUUGAUACUCUAAAUACUUUUGAGGAAAAUUUAUCAAAUAUAGAAAUUGAUAUAAUAAGUAAUAAACAAAUUGAAUAUAAUCAACUCUCCACUUUUUCAACAAAGUCCGAUUCAUUCUCUCAAUUAUUUUUCACUUUUGAUUUCUUAUGGCAAACGUUUAAUUCUUUAAUAAAAUUAGGAAAGUUAAAAUUACAAGAAUUAAAAUGGGUAAUAGAAUUGAAGUCAAAUGUUGAACAAGUUGAGGUUGAGAUCAAAAAGGUUGAAGCCAUGUUGGAAGGUGUUGAGGAUUCUAGAAAGAAAAAUAUUGAUGAUGGUGGUGGCGGCGGCGGCGGCGGCGGUAGUAGUCUUCAGGGUAGCAUUAAUAGUAUAAAUUUUGAUUCGUCCAGUGACGUCACAGUAACUGGCAUUGUCUUUUCAUCGUCCCUAUUAGAUGAAUGGUAUACCAAGGUUGUCGCGGUUGAGGAAUUGGUUCAAGAUGUGAACGCAAAAGUUAAAGAAGUUACAACCCAGUUGGGUCAUGAAAGAUUUCGAGCACCAGUUGAUUUAUUUGAUCAUAUAAAUCUUAUCAUUAAUAAUAAUGUACCCGAGUUGAAGAGCAAAAUUGCCGCCACAAAGCAAGCCUUGGCUCAUGAUCGUCAUAUAGGAAGGUGGUUUGAUGGGGCCAAUGAAGCUGACAAAUGGAUCCUUGAAACUUUGAAUCGGGUAAAAGAGUUUGAAGUUCCGGAUUUUAUUAAUAAGAAUGAAUGGUCCGAAGAGGAACAAAAUCUGGAAUCUAAAAUCGCUGAGAGAAGAAAUAUGAUUGAAGAGCUUUCUCUGGAUUCGAAAUCUAAUAUAAUUGAUGAACUUAAGACAAAAGCAAAUGAUAUCAUAUUUAGCAUUAAAGACUCAAAUGAUACCGAAGAUCAAGCCGUUAUUGAAUUAAUGACAAAACAAUUAAAAAAUCUCAACGAACGAUUAACGAAAUUAAAUGAUUUCAUUACCCUCCUUUUAUCACAAACUACUACCGAACGUUAUUCUAUUGUAUUAAAUUUACUCAAUAACAUGCAAGGAAUGCGCAAUCAAAUGACUCAAAUCAGAAAGACAAUUCUUGAACAUAAUGAUGCUGAUUUAGUUGCUAAUGAUGUUAAAGAUGUUGAAAAUCAAAUAUCUAAUUUUGAAGAGGAACUUUUAAAUGAUGACUCGGUUCUCGCAAAAGUUUUACGUCAAAAGCAUGCUACAUUACUUCUUACCAUUCAAAAAAUCCGUGUGGCUUUAGCUGAAAAUAAACUUCAAAUGGCCGCUUACCUAAGUCCUUCCUCUCCAACUUCUGGUUCGGAAUUUGAUCGAUUAAGGGUCGUUAUACAAGAUCGUUUAGAACUUUUUUAUUCGAGUUUAAUCACACCCCCAACUUAUAUGAUUGAUUCUGAUAAUGACAAUGAAGAACCUGAACGUAUACAUGGUCUCACUUGUAAUGAUGAUCACGUUGAAGAACUCACCGAACGUUACUCUAACAUUGAAUCUGAAUUAAUCACUUUUGAAAGGACUUUGUGGGUUGAAUUUUGGUUUAAAAGUGAUCCCACGAAAAAAGCUCGUAGUGAUGAUGUGGUUAAUAAUUUGGAAAAAAAAUUUAACGAUGUCAAAGGUCUCAUGAAAGAUAGGAAAAAGGACCUGAUCACCAUAAAAGAAGGGAGAGAAUUCGCAAAAAGUGUUAAUGCUAUACGCAAUCAACUUGAUGAGGUCAAAGGAAAGAUGAGAAGAGGUGAUACGACCAUCGACGCUUCUUUACAAGAAUUGGAUGAUCAUAUGGAUCAAAAGUAUAAAGAAGCUUUUGAUGAACAAUUAAGCCAGCAUAAACUUGUAAAGGGAUGGAUUGAAGAAGUACGUGUUUGGCUUAGGGAAGCUAUACGUAUACGUGGUUGGAUGAAUGAACGUGUAGAAAUUUUACAAAAUGUUCCUAAAGUUGAUCCUUUUCAAGAAGGGGGAGCUCCCGCUACUCAAGAACAAGUAGAUGAAUGGCAAAAGGAACAUGAUGAAUUAGAGAGAGAGGUUGAAAAGUUUGACUCUGGAGAUGUCACUCGUUUAAGAGCUCAUGUUAAAGGUAUGGUUGGAAGCACUACCGAUACCACUGAUGAAAUGUCUCCCGCUGAUGCCAUGACAAUUGCAAUCACCUUUGAAACUUUGAAAGUUCUCGAUCAAUUACUUGGAAAGUUGAGAGUUCGUGAAAAUGAAUUGGCUCUUUUAGCUUUACGCGUGCAAUGGGAACGUGAAUAUGGUAAUGCAAUGAAUUCUUGGAAUAGAUUAAUUGAUGAAAUUAAUGGUUUCAUAAAUAACCGUGGUAGAUGGCAACUUCCAAUUUCCCCUGAAGGUGAUGGUUGGUUUACUAGCGAAAAUCAACUUAGUCAAAAUGACGUUACUCUAGAAUCAAAGCAAAUCUAUGAACGAUUGGUAGAUUACAUAACAAAUAUAAUACCUCCCACAACUGAAAUUUUUGAUGAGUUAUUAGAUACUUCUCUUGUAGAACUACCCGAACAUUUACUUGAAAGACAGGAAAAUAUUGAAGAAAGCGAUAAAGCAUACUUGGAAGAAUAUUUUGAUUUCGCUAAAGAUGUUUUGACCCAACGAAAGCAAGUUCUCGAUUAUGUUCAUGAAGUGGACUCAUCUCAUGUUGAGGGAGUUAAAUUGAAGGAUGAAUUAAUUCUUGAGGAAUCAAAUCCACGUGGUGGAUCUGUAGAAAAGAAAUUUAUUGCCCGUGUAAUUGAGCUUAAUAAACGCGUAGAAAAAUCUUGGAAUUCAAUGGCUCAACAAAUUCUUUAUCCCGAUCAUGAAAAACAUAAUGAAUCAGAAAAUGAAAUGAUAAGACAAGCGAUAAUAGCUUAUAAUGAAAAAUUAAAGGCGUUGCUUGGAGAAACAGAUGAAGCCUUGAAAAAUUAUCAACGCGCUCUUAAACUUGUAGAAACAGCAAACGAAUGUAAAAAAGAAGCUGAUCGUUUAAAGAAUUGGAUUGUUAAAAAGGACGAUUAUGUAAACAAACGUAAAUUUGAUGUUUUCCAAGAACCUUGUAAAUUCACUUCUCAAGAUAUUGACAAUUACGUUACCUCAAAUGCUCAAAUCGCUGUUGAUAUCCAUAAUUUCGACGAAGAGGAGUUAAAAGAUUUACGUCAAAAAGUUGCAGCUUUAAUUACUGAAGUCAAGGCUAUUGGAACAAAAUGCGUCAACACUGAUGAGUUGGAAGGUAUAAUGAAAGAUCUAGAUGAUAAGUUGAAUGGACUUCGUGAUGAUUUUCAAGUUUUACAAUCUCGCGAACCUGAUGAAGUCAAUGCUGCUAAAAAACGUCUCAUAUGGGAAGAUUCUCUAAAGAAAUCAAAUCAUUUUCUCGAUGAUACAACAAAAGAAUCAAAAACUUUUAUUACUUCAAAAGCGACAUGGAAACCCGAAACUCCAGAAGAUACUUCCGCACAUGAAAUGCUUAAUCAAGAAUAUUCUUCCCUUGAAGGAAAAGUUAAAGACUUUAUAUCCAAUGAGAUUGUUGAAAACAAAUCAAAUUAUGAUGCAUUCAUUGAAGCUAGUGAAAAGUUAGAUGAUAAGGAUCGUCGUAAUCAUAUUGAAAAUCGUCAAUCUAAGCUUGAAUCUGAUGUUGAUAACCUUAAUGAAUGUGUUUCAUUCGCUCAUGAUCUCUUGGAACAGCGUGCUGCGGUUGUAGAAUACAUGUCGGAAGCAACAAAAUUGGAUAAUAAUGCAGUUGAAAUUAAGAAAAGUCUCAUUGAAGCCGAGAAAAAUGUGUCAAAGGGCCCAAGUGAAAUUGAUUUUGAAAACCAAUUAAAAGAUUUCAAUCAAGAUAUAACUGCUUUAUGGGAUGAACGUGGUUCAAAAUUACCUUAUCCUACAAGUCAUAUUAUUGAUAAAGUAAAAGUCACAAAGAACACCGUUAUAGAAGCAGCCGCUCAAAAACGUUUGUCUUCAUUAGAAUCUGCGAGAGAAGAAUUAGAUAAGUUAUACGAAACUUAUCAAACCUCCUUAGCACUUCAACAACGAGCUAACGAAUGUAUCAAUGAUUCUUCUCGUUUGCAAGAUUGGAUUUCAGAAAGACGAAAGAAACUUGAAGAAAAUAAAGUUGACCCUCUUGCUGAAGAUUGUCCUUGGAAUGAAUCCGAGGUUCAGGAAAUGAAAGAACAACAUGAAGAAUUCCUUAAAGAAAAUACAAAAGUUGAUAUUGAAGAUCUAAGUCAAAUUCGUCGUAACCUUGAAACCUUACUAGAAGAUAUCAAAAAAGCCAAUUGUAAAAGUGUUGAUCAAAAACCACUUCGAGAAGCAUUGGAGGAACUCAAUAAAAAGUUUGGGGAACUUCAAUCGGAAUCUGCUUCACACCAGUUGGAUCUUUCUGUAUUACAAAGUCGUGCUAAGUGGGAAGAUCAGUAUGGUCCUGGCUUAAGUUCGCUUGAUGAACUAACUAACCAAGUUAAUGAAUUUAUUUCCGAGAGAGCAAGAUGGUCACCAGAAAAAGCAAAUCCAGAAACCGAUUUAAAUCAAGAAUUUACCAAUAUAAAGCAGAAGGUUUCAGAAUUUGAAGAGCAACCCUUAACUUUAACAAAAUCAGCAUAUAAUGAUAUGUUAUCUUCUAUUAAAACUUACCUUUCAAAACAACCUCCCAAGCACAUUUCCGACCGUCAACUUGAUUUUGCUGAACGGUUCGAUAAUCUUACUAAACGUGAGGAUUUAAGUAAACAAGUUUUGGAUCAAAGGGAUGCAACAACUUCAUUUAUAAAUCAAGCAAACCAUUUAGAAAAGGAAGGCGAAUCAUUAAAAGAACAAUUGAAAUCUGCCGAAGAAAGUGGUACCGUAGACCCUAGCCUUACUGACAAACUUGUUACCUACAAAGGUUAUUUGGAUGAUUUAAAAAAGAAUUUUGCGGACAAAAUUGCUUACCCCAUAGAUUCCCUAGCCACUGAUGAUGUCAAUGCACCAAUAAAACAGGUUGUUGAUGCUCGUACUGAAGAUCUUGCUCAUCUCUCCAAGGAGCUUGAUGAGUUAUUAAAAUCUUAUCAAGAAACAAUGAAGCUUUCCGAACAACUCGAAAAUGCACUUUCAAAAGCUAAACAACUCGAAGAUGAAUUUGAUAGUUUCAUUUUCGAUAAAGCUGCGUGGCAACCUCAAGAAGGUCUUGUAGAAAUAAAAGAUUUGUUGGCUGAAUUAAAUGAUAUUAACGAGAAGGUUUCCGAGUUCGAUAAAAACACUGUUAUACCUGUUAAUAAUAAAGUUGAUGAUUAUGAAAAGUUGAUGGCUGAAAAUGAAAAAGGUGUACCAGAACAUAUAGCAGACAAAUACAAUAAAUUGAAGGAAUCUAUUAAUGAAUUAAAUGAAUUAGACAAAUAUGCUAGAAGCAAAAUCGAUCAACGAAAGGCCGUUAUGGGCUACAUGGCAGACGGUUCUCGAUUGGAAAAAGAAGCUGAACAAAUUCAACAGAUACUCUUAUCUAACGAACCACAUUCACCUGGUGGUGAAGGCAACACGGUCUCUAAUGCAGUCAAUAGUUUUUCGGAUAGAGUUCAAAUUUUAUGGAAUGAUAUUGCCUCACAAAUCCAAUAUCCUACAUAUUCAAUAGAAAAUAUUGAAAAGGUUCUAAUUGGACGUAUAGAAGAUAGCAAUAACCAUAUCAAAGGAGCUGUGAACGCCCAGAAUGAAUCACUUACAUCUUUAGCAAAUAGUUUGAAUAAGUUACUAGAGACGUAUCAAAAUGUAUUACGUCGAAAGAAGAUGAUCGAAGCAUAUAUAAUUCAAGCCAAUGACGUUGCUUCAUGGAUUCAACCAAAAUUGGAUGUUUUGGGAGGUAUUCUUAAUGAUGAAACUUUAGGAGAAUUAUCAAAUGAUAAAAUACAUGGUCUUAUAGGUGAAGUCGAUGAUGUAGAAGCUGCUCUUCAAGCUUAUCAUAGUGCUUUUGGUUUCGCAAAAAGCUUGGCGAAUAAACUAAUUGAAGAUAUGGUAAAUGAAAUUGAACAAGGUGGCGAUGAUAUUGAAGAUAUAAAAGUUGAUCUUGAACUUGUUCGUUCCAAACAAGAAGAAAUUGACGCAUUAUGGGACGUGUUACAAUCGGAUGUACAUAAAACAAGAGAUAGAUUGGAUCAAGCCCUCAAAAUUGUCGAUUUCAAAGAAAAAACCAAUGAAUUUCUCAAUAAGGUCAAUGAUAUGUCUAGCAUAAUUUCAAGUACUUCGGUCGAAGACGUUUCUGGUGCUGACUUGAAAGAUUGGCAAAUCAAAUUAAAUAGUUUAGAACAAGGAGAACUAUUCUCUUUAGUCAAACUACAUGACGUAGUUCAAGGGAAUUUAAAAGAAAAUCAUGGCGCUCUUAGUGAUAAGGAAUCAAAAGAACUCGAAGGUCUUUUAAGAGAAGUUGCUAAUUCUAUUGGAGAACUGAAAAAAUUGAUGAAUGAUAAGAUUGAUGAAGUUGAAGCAUAUCAAUCUUUACAGAUUGCUAAUGCUUAUAUGAGUCGUGUUAGUGAUUUACAAAGGUGGAUUGAAAAUUCAAUAGCAACAUUCGCGGAUGCUAAGCCUAGACAUGGUAUCAUGGUAGGAAAUUCUGAUGAACUUAACAAAAACAAUUUUGAUGAAUUAAGAUCGAUUUUUGAACAAUUCUCCCAUGAAUUACCUGAUCGUGUAGAUCAACUUGAAAGCAUAAGAACAGACUUUCAAGAUAUAUCAUUAAAGGAUGGAAUACGCGAAUUACAAGAUAUAUUGAAAUGGCAAGCGAACCUCGAUCAAUCUUGGGACAAUUUAGAUUUAGCUACAGGUGAAUUCAAGAACUUUAUUGAUAAAACUGAAAAUUGGCAUGAUCGACAUGAUUCCAUAUAUCAUGUUGAAAAUGAUAUUUUGGGAGGAUUGGAAGAUCGUAUUAACGGAUUAAGUAGCAUAGAUUAUGAUAAUUUGGAAACAGAAGUCAAAGAACUAGAUGAUAACAUCAAAAAGGCUAAACCAAUCCUUGACGAAUCUAAAUUAAAAGCAAGUCAAAUGAUUGAUGAUCCUGAUGAUUUAAUUGACUUGACAAACCGUGAGAAUUUCGAACAUCAUUACAACGAAGCAAUUAAUCGUCUUAAUGAGUUAACGACAUCAUUCCAUGUUGCUCUCACCGCAGCUCAUAACGCUUCAUUAUUAGCAGCUUUCCGCGCGGACGCAGAUCGCAUAAUCAGGAAUUGUUACGAAGGAAUUGCUAUUGUAAAAUCAAGACAUGAAGAUCUUGAGAAUUUUGUAUAUUAUGCUUUAGAAAUUGAUGCUCUUGAAACAAAAAUAAGUGAUGCUAUUGAUGGAUAUUCAGAAAGUGAAGAAAAGUUUGGAAAAUACGAUCAACAAGUAAAUGUCGAUUUGAAAAAAGAGGCGGAAAACCUUAUUGAAAUGAAUCCUGAAUCCAAUAAAGAUCGUGUGUUAAACAUUUUCAGUAAGGUUACAGCUGCUUUAGAACAAUUCUCUGAUGCCGUUGCUCUCGAACGACGUGAAAUUGAACUUUCAAGAAGAGUUCUUAAUCAUGCUAAGACUGCAGUAAAGAUCAAGAAUUGGAUAGGUCCUUGCAAAAUGGCAGUAUUGAAUAUUCAAACCGCCACAAUUGAACAAGAAAACGAGAUAGUAAAUUUAGAAGAAAAAGUUGAAAAAUUCCAAAGUUUCAUUGAUGAUUUCAAAAAUAGUGAAGCUGAUAGCGCAGAAAUUGAUGCCCCUCAAGAAGAAACCAAUCCUAAAUUUAAAGAUUGUAUACGAACACGAACAAAUCGUGUGCUAGAGGAUUGGUACGGACUUAAAGAUUUACUCGCAAAUUUAAGAACAAGUCUGAAUGCAUCAAAAGAAAGUCUAGAAGUAUCACGUACUAUUAAAGAAAUUUUAGUAGCUAUUGGUCAAGUUAAAGAGAGAGUUUUGAACAUUGAAUCAUUUAUCACCGGUGAAGGUAUUCCAAGAUUACCUACAAAAGAUGAUAUAGAAGGAGGAGAACUUGAACUUGAUGAGAUUCAAGCUGAAAUUGAUCAUAUCCUUGGAACAAGAAUUAUAUCUUUAGAUGAAAUGAUAAAUAAUUUAACAGAAAAUGAUUCGGGAUAUGUUCAACAACGUCAUGGAAUUGCCGAAGCAUUAACCAAUCUUGCAAGCAUAAUCGAUAAUAAGAGGAAUCAACUUACGGAUGCGCAUAAUUUGGCAUUGUUUGGUACUAAAGCUGACGCAAUGAAUGCUUUAAUGAGCUCGUUGCUUGAAGUUGUUGACCUCGCGACCACGACAAUGGAUGGUUCCCCAAUUUCAUUAUUAUCCAUAAUUGAAUUACAAUCACGUAAAAUUGAACUGGAGUCCAAAUAUAAUUAUUAUUAUCCUAGAAUCAAUCAACAACUCGAAGAAUGCAGCCGACUUGCAGAUCCAUUACGAGAUGAUUGGCGUGUUCAUGAUCGUUUGAAUAUACUGAAAGAACAAUGGACAGAAUUGAUAGAAGUCGCCAACGCCAAGAAAGAAGAAUUACUUCAACUACUUGUCGGCGAAAAACCAAAGACACGGCACGCACGUUCUCAUUCACAGAUUAUAUCAGGUACAAAAAUUUUUUUCAUCCACGAUCGUCAUAAUCAUCAUCACGCUCACUUACUUUCUCCUUUUUCACGUGUACAAGGUCGAAAGAGGGGUGUUGUUUCACCAGGUGUAUCUCCAUCACGAAAUCCCAUGUACCGACCUUCUUCAACCUCACGUAUCGCCCAAACUCCAUCUCGCCUAUCACCGAGUCCAACGCCAGGUUCACCAGGUUCACCACGACGCCCGCCAAUAAGACUUAUACCACAUAAUAUUAAUAAUUAUGUUCCGGAUCCUAAAGAUCAACUUGACGUUGAAGUGGCAAGAAUAGUAAACGCUUGUCCUGUAAAGAUUAAAGUUUCCAUGGUUGAAGGUGAACCAGGAAAAUAUAUGUUUGGAGAAGUUGAACCAAAGCUUUGUUACUGUCGUAUACUGAGAAGUCGUAUGGUUAUGGUUCGAGUCGGCGGAGGCUGGGCAGAACUUUCAAAAUUCCUUGUUGAACACGCUAACCUGGAACAAAAAUACAUCCCCAAAGCCCGAUCUUUUGUCGGAUUUGACGAAACAGACUCAACAGUCGGUGGAAACGAAUCCUAUAGUAGUCCCAGUUUUUAUGAGGCGAACCUCCGCAUCAUCCCGAAGGGACACGGCCUCCGAAUCGAAGGGUCAACGGGGAGCGGCCCCCUGGCGUUGAAACGCAUGUCAUAUACAAGAAAAGUGAGUAAUCAAGAAAAUGAAAAUGAUAGAUCACGUAUUGGUAAACCAAAAAGUAGCUUGAGAAGAUCAACAAGCGUAGAUGAUUAUUAG